AUGGUGGAAUUUGCCGGUGGUGUGAAAGGAAUAACGUUAAAUCUUGAGAAUGAGAAUGUACAUAUUGUUGUCUUUGGUAGUGAUAUUGCUAUUAAAGAAGGAGAUCUUGUCAAGUGCACAAGAUCUAUUGUGGAUGUCCCUGUGGGAAAGGUACGGACAGCUGUGGAGACUACACUAAAUUAAGGUAUGGACUUCAUCUCUUCACCUAACUAAAACUUCCGCUGAGUCUAAAGAGGCUCAGGUGCAGAGCCUUCCACUGUGGACCGACAAAGUUAGAACACCAUAGAAACUUAGCGGACUUUUUCAUAAACCUUGAUUUUGCUAUGCUCAAUAAGAACCCAACUGAAAUCAGUUCACGUUCUGCUUCCAAAGUAAGUUGUCUUUGCCCAACUGUGAACUGCAGACAACUCUUCAGUAUUUUUUUCAUUCUAUGUUCUAUCAUCUUAGUCGAAUUAGCCAUAACUAAUUUUGUUCUCUCCUUACAUAAUAAAACUUAUUCAUGGGAUGAGAUAAGUUCUAUAUUUGGAAUUUAACCUACUAAUGUUUAAGAAUCGUGAUUCAAGGCAGCUAUCACUAUUUGAAUGUUAACUAAAUUUGUUACAUGUGAAUCAUAUGAAUCUAAUUCAUUUACUAUACUUUUCAAUGAACUAAAAUAUUGAGUAACUAUCAUUAUUUAUCAUUUAAAUCACAGAUAUAAUUAUUCAAUUGAUAAUAACAGCUCAUAUCUUGCCUUUGAUCAUACAUUACUUAUAAUAUUCUCCACAUCUUAUGACUAGUCUUUUUAUGUAAAAUCACUUAUUGCAAUUUGUGACAAUUAAAUUCAAGAGUCAUAACAUAACUAAGUUAUUUUCAAAAGACCAGAUUUUAUAAUUUUUAUCCAUAAUGAGAUUGUUUACAUUAAUAUCAUAAUAUAUUCAAUCUUCUCACAUGAUCCAAUAUAUAAUUGUGUUCUAGUGGUGCAAGUUGAAAAUUUAUAUUUGGUUAACUUUUAGGAGUAAUUUGUAAAUGUGAUUUAUACAUUGUUGAUUCAUCUCUCUUCAUAGAUAAUUCUAAUAUAAGAGUGGUGGAGCUCACUGAGAAGUAGGAAGAGUUAG